GCCGAACAGCCCCGCCCAUUUCCUUUGGGAAAAAAGUGGUCAGCUAUUUUUUUUAGCUGACAUCUUUGUAUUUUUAGCUGUUAGCCGUUACGGCUAAGUAACUUUUCAAGGCAUUUCUUGUGUCAAAGUGAAUACACGAAUUGCACGAAGUCCACGCUGUGAGCAAGAACAGUUACGCGGCCUUUGGAAAGUUACUAUGGAAGAAGUACAGCAGGGCACCAAUGGCACCGAGUCACAGCCUGCCGUCAUUCCCACUACCAUCACAACAUCUCAGUUCUCACAGAUAGCCCAACAGAUGUCACUGGGUGGUGGUUCUGUGGCUGUUGUACAGCUGCCUGGGGGUCAGUUUCAGGUUCAAGGAGUGAUCCAGUCUGCGCAGUCAUCGGUCAUUCAGUCCCCUCAGGGGCAGACUGUACAGGCCCUGGGUUCAGAUAGUGAUGAUUCACAGGACUCAUCAGACAGUGGGGUUACUGCCCAAAAGACCAGAGAAAUUCUGGCAAGACGACCUUCAUACAGAAAAAUCCUAAAUGAACUUUCAUCUGAGGAGGUGACACACAUCGAAGGAAAGGAUAACAGCCCGGGAGUGACAGGUGUUACAGUACCCACAACCCAAAUCUACCAGACCAGCAGCGGCCAGUACAUAACUAUAGCUGCUAAUGGCACCAUCCAGCUGGCAACUCCAGGAUCCGAAGGCCUUCAGGGUCUACAGGCUGUUGCCAUGGCCAACUCUGGUGGAGCCCAGCAAAGCACCACCGUCCUUCAGUAUGCUCAGACACCUGACGGCCAGCAGAUACUGGUGCCGAGCAACCAGGUUGUUGUACAAGGGUCCGGAGGAGAGCUGCAAACAUACCAGAUCCGCACAGCUUCUGCAUCCAGCUCCCUGCCUCAGACUGUAGUUAUGACCUCCCCUGUGGGACUAUCUCAGGGCAAGACUGACGAUCCAACAGUGAAGAGGGAAAUCAGACUUGCAAAAAACAGAGAGGCAGCCCGUGAAUGUCGACGGAAGAAAAAGGAAUACGUUAAAUGCCUGGAAAACCGUGUAGCUGUUCUUGAAAAUCAAAACAAGACCCUGAUUGAAGAACUGAAAACAUUGAAGGACCUUUACUGUGUGAAAACAGGAUAACCUGUUUGAAUAGAGGUUGAGGAUAAUGUGGGAGCGACGCAGCUCAGCCAUUUGGACAUGAACUGGGUUUCUGGGAACACUUCAUUUCAGGCUGAGAGCCGUCGUCUUUUUUUUUUUUUUUUACUCUGUUUGAUAUACAAGUGACUUGUGAUGGCAAUGAGAUAUACUCAACAAAUAAAAAAGAAAUUGGCCAUUUUUC